AUGACGAUUUUGCUGGUCUUGCUGGUGAUGUUUCCUCACCUGGUUUGCAAGGCUGGCACUGUGAAAUGCAGGGUCUGGCACCCACAUUCCCCACUUCACUCAUAUCAUCAGCCAGGAGAUCUCAUGAUUGAUAGCAUUGUGACUCAUGGCAGCAUCGUCCACUAUUCUGAACUGCGCUUCACUGAACAGCCUGCAUCAGCACUGUUGGAGGAUCUUGUAGUAGUGCCUAAAAACUAUCAGCUUAUCCUGGCAUUGGUGUUUGGCAUGAAGGAGAUAAAUGAGAACCCGCAGAUGCUACAUGAUCUCACAAUGGAUUUCAACAUUUAUGACAGCCAUAACAAUGCAGAUAGGACCUAUCAUGCCUCAAUGCUACUUUUCUCUGCACAGGAGAGAUUGGUCCCAAACUAUGUGUGUGACAUGCAGAGCAACACUGUAGCAAUCAUCGGGGGACUCGACUCCCAAAUCUCCCUCCAUGUGGCAGCACUCUUGGAUAUUUAUAAGACUCCACAGCUCCAUCACUUUCUGAGAAACAUCUCUUUUCAUAACAGUGCUGGAGAUGAGGUCUUCUUUGACCACAAUGAGUGUCUAAUAGCUGGAUUUGAUGUGCUCAAUUGGAUUCUUUCCUCCAAUCAAACUUUCUACCAUGUGAAAGUUGGAAGGGUGCACCCACAGGAUCCAGAGCAGGCAUUAAUGAUCCAAAAUGAGGAUAUUACAUGGCACCACUUGUUUAACCAGGUCCAGCCUCUUUCUGUGUGUACAGUGAGUUGCCAUCCUGGUACAAGCAAGCAAGUGAAGGAAGGAGAGCCAUUCUGUUGUUACAAUUGCAUUCCGUGCCCAGAAGGGAAGAUUGCAGAGCUUGAAGACACAGAUGACUGUCAGAAAUGCGAAGAGAGAAGGUAUCCAAAGAAGAACCAGGAUUACUGCAUUCCCAAGAUGAUAACCUUCUUGUCUUACAAAGAAUCUUUGAGACUCAGUUUAGGCUUCCUUGGUCUUUUCUCUUCAUUGACCACAGCUCUGGUCUUAGGGAUAUUUGUGAAGCACUAUGACACUCCCAUAGUCAUUGCUAACAACCGGAACCUCACCUAUGCUCUCCUCAUCUCCCUCCUGCUCUGCUUCCUUUGGGUGUUCCUAUUCAUUGGCCAGCCACAGAAGGUGACGUGUCUCCUCCGGCAGACCACUUUUGGCAUCAUCUUCUCAGCGGCGGUCUCUUGUGUACUGGCAAAAACCAUGACAGUGGUUCUGGCUUUCAUGGCCACCAAGCCAGGGUCCAGGAUGCGGAAGUGGAUGGGGAAAGGACUGGCCAGCUCCAUUGUUUUUACUUGCUCUCUUCUUCAAACAGGCAUCUGUACUGUGUGGCUGGGAACACAUCCUCCCUACCCAGAUGCCGAUGUUCAUUCAGUACCUGAGGAAAUAGUCCAGGAAUGUAACAAGGGUUCUGUGACUAUGUUCUACUGUGUGCUGGGCUACCUGGGCUUCCUGGCAACUGCCAGCUUCAUGAUGGCUUUCUUUGCCUGGAAGCUCCUGGACAGCUUCAGUGAAGCCAAGUUCAUCACUUUCAGCAUGCUGGUCUUUUGCAGUGUUUGGUUAUCCUUUGUUCCAACCUACUUGAGCACCAAGGGAAAAUACAUGGUAGCUGUGGAGAUUUUCUCUAUCUUGGCCUCCAGUGCUGGAUUCCUUGGUUGCAUCUUUUCCCCUAAAUGUUACGUUAUUUUAUUGAGGCCUCAGCUCAACAGCAAGGAACAGCUUAUUAGAAGGAAAGGCUGA